CUCUUUUCCGACCAAAACCAAACCCUUAAUAAGUUCCGCUCUCUCUCUCGAGGUUUCUCAACCUCUCGACAGAUAUUUCUUAGGGCAACAGUGGUUUAGUAGCAAUGAUAAGUGCAUUGUCAUGGGUACCGAAAGGGGCUGCAAAGACCAUACCUGAUCGUGCUGAACUUUUUUCGAAGGAUGAAAUCGAAAAGCUCAAAGAGAGUUGUGACCAAACUUACAGUGAUGAUGAAGAAGAAAACGAUACUGAGGAUGAAGAAGAGGAUAUUGGUGAAGUGACCAAUGCGAAAGCCGUAGCAGAAGCUUUGGGGAAAACUUCCAAAAGCAAGAAUGCUUCUUCUUCAAUGGAGGUUGAUGGGUUAAAUGAUGAUUUGAAAGAACUCGACAUGGAUAAUUACGAUGAAGAAGAUGAUGGAAUUGAAAUUUUUAGGUCCGGGCAUGGGGAUCUUUAUUAUGCGAGUAAUGAGAUGGAUCCAUAUCUUAAGAAUAAUGAUAAUGAUGAUGACUCAGAUGAUGACCCGACAAUCUUACCAACCGAUUCAAUGAUUGUCUGCGCUAAGAGCGAUGACGCAAAAGCCAAUUAUCUUGACGUUUAUGUAUGCGAGGACACAUCGAAUGGCUCUCCAAAUAUGUAUAGUCAUCAUCCAAUUGAAAUACCAGCAUCCCCGUUGUGUACUGCUUGGCUUGAUUGUCCACUUAAAGGAGGAGAGAAAGGGAAUUUUCUAGCUGUUGGUUCGUUUGGGACACCCGUAAUAGAGAUAUGGGAUCUGGACGUUAUAGACGAGCUGUUACCUUGUGUACAACUAGGAGGAAAAAACGAGGAAGGGAAAUACAAAGAAGGGAGCCACACUAAAUCAGUUCUUGGUCUUGCUUGGAAUAAGGAGUUUCGAAAUACACUUGCUAGUGCUAGUGGUGACAAAAAGGUUAAAGUUUGGGAUGUGGCCACUGGAACAUGCAUGAUUACUAUGGAGCAUCACACAAAGAAGGUUCAAGCGGUUGCUUGGAACCAUCAUGCUCCAGAAGUACUUCUUAGUGGGUCAUUUGAUCGCACUGUUGUAUUGAAAGACGGAAGAAACCCUUCACACUCAGGUUUCAAAUGGUCGGUCAUGUCCAGAGUCGAAAGCUUAGCCUGGGAUCCACAUAGUGAACACUCCUUUGUGGUAAGUCUUAGAAACAAAACUGUAAAGGGGUUCGAUGUACGUCAAGCCUCAAAUUCAACCUCUGAUUUAAAACCAAGUUUCACUCUCCAAGCACAUGACAAAGCUGUCACAUCCGUCUCAUACAACAUUUCCGCACCUAACCUUUUGGCAACGGCAUCUACCGAUAGAACGGUCAAGCUUUGGGAUCUUUCAAACAAUCAGCCUUCAUGCAUUGUUUCACACAAACCAAAAGUUGGAGGUGUAUUUUUCAUUGCUUUCUCUACGGAUGAUCCUUUCUUACUCGCUAUGGGUGGCUCAAUGGGGAAGUUAAAAGUUUGGGACACACUUUCGGACACAAAUGUCUCCCGUAGAUACGGAAGCAGCCGAGUCCGACCAUAGAAGUUUUGUCAAAAGCUGUGAUUGGUCGCUAGAUUCGAACUCACUGAACCCAAAUUUUGUAGUUUCUUUUUAUCAUGACGUGAUCGUACUAGAGCAUGGAACAAAACGACAUGUUCAUUUUUAUAGCUUUCUUUACAUUUUCC